AAGAGGGGAUGGACUUGGAAGCCUGAAAUAGUGUGUUUGGAAGAGCUGAACUUGCAGCAGGGCAUUGCCGAAUGUCUGGAAGAUGUCAAGGCCCCCUGCUGUUGCUCAGAGACCUUGGGGAUGACCUGCACCCACUAGAAUGCCUGGGUGGUUCAAAAAGGCAUGGUACGGGCUGGCAUCUUUACUCAGUUUCUCCUCCUUCAUGCUGAUCAUCGUUGCCCUGGCAGUGCCCCACUGGCUGAGUGGGAAGAUCCUCUGUCAGACUGGAGUGGAUCUGGUCAAUGCCACGGAUCCAGAGCUGGUCAAAUUCAUUGGGGACAUUUACUAUGGGCUCUUCCGAGGGCGUAAGGUGCGGCAGUGUGGGCUCGGGGGCCGCCAGUCCCGAUUCACAAUCUUCCCACACCUGGUGAAAGAGCUCAACACAGGCCUUCACGUGACGAUCCUGCUGCUCCUCUUCCUGGCCUUGGCUCUGGCUCUGGUCAGCAUGGGCUUUGCCAUUCUCAACAUGAUCCAGGUCCCAUACCGGGCAGUCAAUGGCCCUGGGGGCAUCUGCCUGUGGAAUGUCCUGGCAGGCGGAGUCGUGGCAUUAGCCAUCACCAGCUUCAUGGCCGCAGUGAAAUUCCAUGACCUGACCGAACGAAUCGCCAACUUUCAGGAGAAGCUCUUUCAGUUUGUUGUGGUGGAAGAACAGUACGAAGAAUCGUUUUGGAUCUGCGUGGCCAGCGCUUCGGCCCAUGCCGCAAACGUGGUUGUGGUGGCCAUCAGUCAAAUUCCCCUCCCUGAGAUUAAGACCAAAAUUGAAGAGGCCACGGUCACGGCCGAGGAUAUCUUGUAUUAAUAGACUUCUCCUGCUCACACCCUUUCCUAAAUCAGUUCUGCAGUGAGAAUGCAGACAUCAUUUUUUCUGCAGACAUCCCACUCCAUGAUAGCCAUGCUCUUGGCAGUAAGAAGAGGGAAGGACAAAGGGUGGUGCCUGGGCCAGAAAAUAAAAACUGCUGGAAUCUC